AUGUCCCAGCUGAGGGGUCUUGAACUCGGCGGCAACCCGCUCGGCGGAUCGAUCCCGCCAGUUCUCGGCCGGCUCGAAAUGCUACAGCGCCUUGACAUCAUGAACGCCGGGUUGGUUUCCACUAUUCCACCCGAGUUGGGCAACCUUGGCAAUGUCAAUUCCAUGGAACUAGACAUGAACCAGCUCACCGGUGUCCUGCCGCCGGAGUUGUCCGGGAUGCGCCAGAUGCGUGAAUUUGGCACAUCAUCGAACAAACUCACCGGUCAGAUUCCACCGGCUUUAUUUACGAGCUGGCCAGAGCUCGUAUCAUUCCAAGUGCAGAACAACUCGUUUUCAGGGAGGAUCCCACCGGAGCUCGGCAAGGCAGCCAAGCUGAAAAUCCUGUAUCUCUUCAGCAACAAUCUUGUCGGCUCUAUCCCUGCAGAGCUGGGCGACCUAGUGAGCCUGAAUCACUUGGAUUUGUCGGUGAACUCUCUCACGGGACCGAUCCCCAGCUCGUUCGGGAAUCUCAAGCAGCUCCUGAGGUUGGCGCUCUUCUUCAACCGGCUCACCGGCACGAUCCCAAUGGAGAUUGGCAACAUGACAGCGUUGCAAGUCUUGGACAUCAACACCAAUAGUUUGGAAGGCGAGCUGCCCACCACCGUCACAUGGCUCAGUAAUCUCCAAUACCUUGCCCUGUUUGACAACAACUUCAAUGGCACCAUACCGCCGGACCUCGGGAAGGGGCUGAACUUAACUGACGUGGGUUUCGCGAACAACAGCUUCUCCGGUGAGCUGCCGCAGAGACUGUGUGAUGGCCUCACGCUGCAAAACUUCACGGCGAACCACAACAACUUCAGCGGCAGGCUGCCGCCCUGCUUGAAAAAUUGCACGGGGUUGUUCCGGGUGCGGCUGGAAGGCAACCAAUUCACUGGCAAUAUCUCAGAGAUGUUUGGCGUCCAUCCCAGCUUGGACUACUUGGAUGUCUCGGGGAAUCAGCUGACAGGGAACUUAUCAUCUGAUUGGUCACAAUGCACCAAUCUUACACUCUUAAACAUGAACGGUAAUCGAAUAUCUGGCAAUAUUGAUGCAACCUUCUGCGAAUUGAUCUCUCUCCAUUCUCUGGAUCUAUCAAAUAACCAAUUCACUGGGGAGCUCCCAAGUUGCUGGUGGAAACUCAAAAGUAUGUGGUUAAUGGAUUUGUCCAACAACGGUUUUUCAGGUGAACUUCCUAUAUCAACAAGCUUGGGCCUUGAACUCCAGUCACUUCGUCUUGCUAACAAUAGCUUUCUUGGAGUUUUUCCAUCUAUAAUUGAAACCUGCAGAGAUCUUGUCAUCCUAGAUCUUGGGAACUACAAGUUCUUCGGUGAUAUCCCCUCUUGGGUUGGAACGAGUGUUCCUCUUCUAACAGUUCUGAGCCUCCCAUCCAACAAUUUCAGUGGUGUUGUUCCACCCGAGUUAUCCCAACUUUCUUAUCUGCAAGUACUGGACCUGUCCAGCAACUCCUUCUCAGGUGAGAUCCUCACGGCCAUGCCAAACCACAAUUGCUCUCUCGAGUCAUUUCAUCUCGCCGGCAAUGGCUUCGUGGGUGCCUUCCCACCGUACCUACGAGGCUGCAACUCCCUGGCCACCCUGGACAUCGGGAACAACCGGUUCUUUGGUGGUAUCCCCACAUGGAUCGGGAAUCAGCUUCCAUCACUGAAAAUCCUUAGACUCGGAUCAAACAAUUUCACCGGAGAAAUCCCCACGGAGUUAUCAAGGCUUUCGCAACUUCAGCUGCUCGAUAUGGCCAACAAUAGCUUGAUAGGAUCAAUUCCAGUUGCCUUUGGCAACUUGACCUCCAUGAGGCAUAAUGUUCCCCCAUUGGUCCGACCGAGUGGAUGA